AUGGCUUCUUUUUCUUCCUCGCCUUUGCUACUUGCAAACCCAGAUUUUGGUUUCUCUCCUUUUAAACGUGGUUGUAAAAUCAAGAUGGUUAGGAGAACAAAAGCUACACCUCUAUUCAUUACUGCUGCUUCUUUGAAUGAUAAUGAUAAUCAAAAUUCUUCAACAAAGUUGGUCACUUUUUUAGGCAAAGGUGGCUCUGGCAAGACUACAUCUGCAAUUUUCGCUGCCCAGCAUUAUGCAAUGUCUGGUCUUCGGACAUGCUUGGUGAUACAGACCCAAGAUCCCUCUGCUGAAUAUAUACUAAACUGUAAGAUUGGAACUUCUCCUACCAAGUGCAAUGACAACCUUUCGGCUGUUAGGUUGGAAACCACUAAAAUGCUUCUUGAUCCUCUUGAUCGGCUGAAGCAAGCUGAUUCUCGUCUUAAGAUGACUCAAGGAGUUCUUGAAGGGGUGGUUGGAGAAGAGCUUGGCGUGCUUCCUGCAAUGGAUUCUAUUUUUGCAGUAUAUGUACUUGCAAGGCUUGUAGGAUCGAUUAAUGUUAACCAGACCAACAAAGAUAAAUUCGACAUAAUAGUAUAUGAUGGAGUCAGCACUGAUGAAACUUUACGGAUGAUAGGAGCAGCCAGUAAAGCAAGAUUGUAUUUGAAAUAUCUGAGGAACUUGGCUGAGAAGACUGAUCUUGGGAGAUUGGCCGGUCCUUCACUCCUGCGACUUGUUGAUGAUGCAUUGAGUUUAAGUGGCAGCAAAUACAAUUUGAACGGGAAAAUGAGUGCUGAAAUAUGGGACAGUUUGGAAAGAAUAUUGGAGCGAGGAUCUUCUGCUUUUUCUGAACCAUCUACAUUUGGUUGCUAUCUUGUACUGGACCCUAACAUUCCAACAUCAGUGAAUUCUGCAUUACGUUAUUGGGGCUGUACCCUCCAAGCUGGUGCUCAAGUUUCUGGUGCAAUUGGAAUUUUUUCUCCACAUUUGAAUGAAGAAUCUUUGGAAGGAGUCAAGAAAAACUUUUCGCCCUUACCUUUUGCUUUCAUUCCACAUCUCUCUAUGGGUCACCCUCCAGAAUGGAAUUCGAUCAUGCUAAACACAGUUGGCCAAGAUGCAAGAACUCUAUUUUCCUUGCCAGCAAGUCACGGCAAUAGCAUGGCACCACCAGUAAAGUUCGACACAGCUAAAAAAUCAGUUACACUUUUCAUGCCAGGUUUUGACAAAUCGGAGAUCAAGCUAUACCAAUACAGGGGAGGAUCUGAGUUGCUGGUUGAAGCAGGGGACCAGAGACGUGUAAUUUGUCUCCCUACAAAAAUUCAAGGUAAGGUGGGAGGUGCAAAGUUCUUUGACAGAAGUCUUGUAAUCACAAUGCGAUAG